GCUUUCGUCCACUAUAAAGGUUGCUUGGCAAACGGUAUUUAAUUUAAAACCGCCGCAGACGUGCAACGCGCCAAUAGAGAAUCGUCCGAAGCGUCCAUUAAAUCCACAAACCUCCAGCGCUUAGGAAGCUAACUGAGUGCACGCAUACGCGUCGUAUUCCGCGUUUUCCAAAUAAAACAAUUUUGUGAAAUAAUUUUUCGAAUUUGCGAACGUUCAGUGUGUUUCGCGCGUCCGAGUCUGAUUUAAUAAAUUUUGUUUAACUCAAAGCAGUAGAAAGCAGUCGGCAAGAUGGUUGUCAACUUUAAGGUCUUUAAAAAGGUCUCACCCAACAACAUGAUCACCUUGUACAUGAACAAGCGUGAAUUCGUUGACUCCAUAACGGUGGUGGAGCCAGUCGAUGGUAUUAUCGUUCUGGAUGAUGAAUACGUACGGCAAAACCGUAAAAUAUACGUGCAACUCAUCUGCAACUUCCGUUAUGGACGCGAAGACGAUGAAAUGAUCGGUCUGCGUUUCCAAAAAGAGCUUACACUCGUCUCGCAGCAGGUGUAUCCACAGCAGAAGGUCGACAUACAGCUGACCAAAAUGCAGGAACGUUUACUAAAGAAGCUCGGCUCCAACGCUUUCCCAUUCGUUAUGGAUUUGCCACCCAGUUCACCAGCUUCAGUAGUGCUGCAGCAGAAAGCCAACGAUGAAACGCAACCUUGCGGUGUACAAUAUUUCGUGAAAGUCUUUACAGGCGAUAGCGAAUGUGAUCGCUCACAUCGUCGUAGCACCAUUAAUUUGGGUAUACGGAAAGUACAGUACGCACCAAAUAAGCAGGGCAUACAGCCUUGUACAGUGGUACGGAAAGAUUUUCUACUCUCACCCGGUGAACUGGAGCUGGAAGUCACGCUGGAUAAGCAACUAUAUCAUCACAGCGAGAAAAUUGCUGUGAAUAUUUGUGUGCGUAAUAAUUCGAAUAAGGUGGUAAAGAAGAUCAAGACGAUGGUACAGCAGGGUGUCGAUGUGGUCCUCUUCCAGAAUGGACAAUUUCGCAAUACGAUUGCAUUUGUGGAGACCAGUGAGGGUUGUCCGCUCAAUCCGGGUUCCAGCUUGCAAAAGGUUAUGUAUUUGGUUCCGACCUUAGUGGCUAAUUGUGACCGUGCUGGCAUCGCCGUUGAGGGUGAUGUGAAACGCAAGGAGACGUCCCUGGCAUCGACUACUUUGAUCGCCAGUCAAGAUGCGCGAGAUGCUUUUGGCAUUAUCGUUUCGUACGCCGUAAAGGUCAAGCUGUUUCUGGGCGCUUUGGGAGGUGAACUAUGUGCCGAGUUACCAUUUAUUUUGAUGCAUCCAAAGCCCAGCCGCAAAGCCCAGGAGGCCGAGGCAGAAGUAGAAGCUUAAGCCCUGCUGUACACUUGAUUUACUUGAAAAAGAAAUAUUGCCGUAGAGAGUUUUUGAUGAUGUUGCUAAUUAUACUCUACAACUACUUACAAAUGGACUUUGACAAAUCCGCAUUAAUCCACUAGUCACAAUUACGAAGUGCAUUACUUAUUUAUAUAUUAUAUAUACUGACAUAUUAUACAAGUAUAAGAAUGUACUAGUAUAUGUAUAUUUAUCCGAAUAAUUAUUUAUCAAUGUGAUUUAUUUAUUAUAUUUGGUUUGUUGAGAGGAGAGGAAACUUGAAGCUUGUUACUUUUAAUUACGUGUUGUUAGCAUUUGUUAGCUGCAAUUAGUAUAUUUGUAUGUAUGUAUGCAACAAAGUGCAUAAGUAUUGAAUUUACUUCAAAAACAAAAAAAAAUCUAAAAUAAACUAUGAAAAUCUGAAAGAGUAA